AUGACAACCCCCGAAAUUCCACCCAACAUGGCCACAACCCCCGCGCGAGCCUCUACUCUCCUCGCAAAUUUAACAGCCGUCUCCGCGCGCGUCACAACCGCCGCGACACAAGCUCAAUCCCGCACCAAGCCCGUACGCCUAGUAGCAGUUUCCAAGCUCAAGCCCGCAUCCGACAUCCUAGCUCUACACCAACCCCCAGCCUCACAGCUCCACUUUGGCGAGAACUACCUUCAAGAACUACUCGAGAAGUCUCGUCUUCUUCCAUUGAGUGUGAAAUGGCACUUUAUCGGUGGACUCCAAUCGAAUAAAUGCGUUACGCUUGCGCGAGACGUGCGCGGAUUAUGGGCUGUUGAGAGUGUUGAUACGGAGAAGAAGGCCUCAUUAUUGGAUAAGGGUUGGGGUGAGAGAAAGGCCGAGGAUAUGGGUAUUGAUGCUACGGAGUCGGACUCACGACUUCGUGUUUAUGUUCAGGUUAAUACAUCUGGCGAGGAGAAUAAGGCUGGUAUUGAGCCCUCUGCGGCACCGGGUCUUUGUCGGUUUAUUAGGGAGAAGUGUGUUCGGUUGAAGUUGCAGGGUGUUAUGACUAUUGGAGCUAUUGCACGCUCCAAGGCUACGACGCCGGAGAAUGAGAAUGAGGAUUUUGUUUGUUUGCGGGAGACGAGGGAUCGGAUUGUGGCGGAGUUGGGGUUGGUUGGAGAUGAUGCGGAGUUGGAAUUGAGUAUGGGAAUGAGCUCUGAUUUUGAGGGGGCUAUUGUUAUGGGAUCGGAUCAGGUUCGUGUUGGUACGACGAUCUUCGGGGAUCGGCCGCCAAAGUCGGAGGCUCGAGUUGUAUAA